GCGAACACCUCUUCCCACCACACCAUUCCAUUUCCAUUUUCAUUAGCUUCGUGUUCGUGUCGUGUUGAGGGAAAUAAAAACAGAGAGAAACAGAGAAAUGGGUUCAAUUGGUUUGGCAGAGAAACCUCAUGCAGUUUGCAUACCAUACCCAGCACAAGGCCACAUAAACCCAAUGCUCAAAGUAGCCAAGCUCCUCCACUACAAGGGCUUCCACAUAACCUUUGUGAACACAGAGUUCAACCACAAACGCCUUCUUAAAUCCAGAGGCCCCAACUCUCUCGAUGGCCUUCCUUCCUUUCGGUUCGAAAACAUUCCGGAUGGCCUGCCUCCAACGGAUGCUAGUGUCACCCAAGACAUACCAUCUCUGUGUUACUCCACCAGGAGACACUGCUUGCCUCACUUCAGAGAGCUUUUGUCUAAGCUCAACUCUUCCCCCGAUUCUCCUCCUGUGAGUUGCAUAGUUUCUGAUGGUGUCAUGAGCUUCACUCUUGAUGCAGCAGAGGAAUUAGGGAUUCCAGAAGUGCUUUUCUGGACAACAAGUGCUUGUGGCUUCAUGUCCUACGUUCAGUACCAUCGUCUUAUUGAAAAGGGUCUCACUCCUCUUAAAGAUGCCAGUUAUUUGACAAACGGAUACUUGGAGACUGUGAUAGAUUGGAUACCAGGCAUGAAAGAUAUCCGAUUGAGGGACAUCCCAACCUUCAUGAGAACCACAGACCCAAACGACCCCAUACUGGAUUUUAUCGUGCACGAAACAACACGAGCUAGAAAAGCCUCAGCUAUCAUUUUGAACACGUUUUAUGAAUUAGAACAUGAAGUCAUAGAUGCACUUUCAACUUUGCUUUCACCUAUUCACUGCAUUGGACCUCUCCAUCUGCAACUCAGCCAGAUACCAGCAGACAACGAGUUGAAGUCAAUCGGGUCAAAUCUGUGGACAGAGGAACCAGAGUGUCUUGAAUGGCUCGACACGGAAGAACCCAACUCUGUGGUUUAUGUCAAUUUCGGAAGUAUCACGGUCAUGACAUCUGAGCAGCUGAUUGAGUUUGCUUGGGGCCUUGCAAACAGCAAGCAUACAUUUUUGUGGGUUAUUAGGCCUGACCUUGUAGGGGGAGAAUCAGCUAUGGUUCCGGCAGAGUUUGUGGAGGAGACGAAAGAAAGGAGCCUAUUGGCGAAUUGGUGCCCUCAAGAACAAGUCCUGAACCACCCGGCCAUAGGAGGGUUCUUGACGCACAGUGGAUGGAACUCUACGCUUGAAAGUUUGUGUGGUGGAGUGCCCAUGAUCUGCUGGCCCUUCUUUGCAGAGCAGCAGACCAAUUGUAGGUUUAGUUGCAAAGAAUGGGGGAUAGGGUUGGAGAUAGACCCUGAUGUGAAAAGAGAUUAUGUGGAGGGGCUUGUGAGGAAGUUGAUGGAGGGAGAGGAGGGAGAGGAGAUGAGGAAGAAAACCUUGGAGUGGAAGAAGUUGGCAAAGGAGGCCACUACUGGUCCUAGUGGGUUGUCUUUUGUGGAUUUUGACAAAGUGGUCAACCAGGUGAUUCUAGCGCAGAGGAAGUAGAAUGAUUUGAUUAAAUCACUGUUUAUGGUUAAUUAAUUAAUUAUGUUAUUUGUGUUGAAUCCAGUUGUUAAUUAAAUUUGUAUUAUUUUCCAUAUCUGGUUCCGUCUCAUGCACGCAUGUCUAAAUUAUUCUUUUACGUUUGUCUUGAUGUUUUAUAGCCAAACCAGAUAUACUAAACAAAUUUAGGGGACCUGCAAUCACCAAACCUUCUAUGAAGAAAAAUAAUCCCUUGUUUGUGUCGAUGAAAGCUCUCUGAUUUCGACCUGGACAGUUUUUACACAUCUCUCGGUAUCGCUGGCCUUUUUUUCCAACUCUUCCUCAGCUUUGGUUGGUAAAAAAGUGUAAAAUGAAGUAGUCUUCCACUUUGGUAAAAACCCUCUGAUUUCCACCUCAACACUUUUUACUUGUUCCUCAGGAUUGUUGGCCCUAUUUGCCUCCUCCUCUUCAGCUUUGGUUGGUAAAAAAAUGUAAAGGGAUGUAGUCUUCGUGCUUGAAGCCAUGAGAAAUGGAGGAUUUUUAUUUUAUUUUCUUUCUUUCGUUUGUUACAGAUGAGAGAACUCAGGCUUUAUAAUGAUAGAUGCACAGUGCAAAGUGGAAAAGCUGGAUUAAAGUUGCUUCAUCCUUUUGUAUUAUUGGUUAUUUCCAGAUUCUGAGUAAUUGCAAUAUGACAAGUAUAAUGUAAAGGGAAGAUUUUGUAUUAAA